CUCUGGUAUUCUUUCUACGUAAGCUGGGAACUUGGGGCCCUUUAAAUUCUCUACCCAAAUUGCCAUUGCUUCAAUUGCCACCCACGGAGAUCUCAUCUGAUGCUUGGAUUCUGAAAGAGAUCUGCUUGUUCCCUCUGGAGAUCCCUCAUAUGAUCAUCAGGUCCUGCUAUCCUCAGUCAACGCAGAUCCCAAGUAUGAAACAAUAACCUUCCACUCACCAACUUUGAAAAGUGCGAACCAUCAUAUUCAGUAGGACCUUCCAGUCAAAAGGAUUGUCAGAGAUUUACAAAAGCUGAAUAAUGAAUUCCAGCCUGGGAGAGUUGAAUGCUACAAAGGACUAUUCUGAAAAUAACAAUACCAAUGACUUAUAUGUGCACGCAGAAGGGAGGACCCCUAAUGUUUUAGGACGGAAUGUAUGGAUAAGCAUUUCUUUAAUUACCUGUUGUAUUGGACUGGUGGGCAAUGCCUACAUCAUCUGGCUACUUGGCUUCCAGAUUAAGAGGAAUUGUUUCACUACAUUCAUCCUUAACUUGGCUGUUUCAGACUUUGGGUACCUGGCAUCUAUGUUUAUAUAUAGUAUUACUUCAUUUACCUGUUUUAAAAAAGGGGACAUUUUUGAUCACUUCCUUGUCUCUUUCAUCCGAGUGAUGUACAUCAGUGCAAACUUUCUUCUGACAGCCAUCAGCAUCGACCGGUGUGUUUGUGUCCUCUUCCCAAUCUGGCAUCACUGUUCCCGGCCAAAAGAUUUGUCUUCUGCUAUCUGCGUGUUCCUCUGGAUGUCUUCUUUCCUCCUGAGUGCAAUGAUGAGUGUUAUGGAAAUCUUUCUAAAGUACGAAGUGGACGUUCUCCCUUUUCUUCUGACUGCUAUAGUUUGCCUUCCAUUGAUCACAAUCUCUACUGUGAUCCUUUUCACCAAAGUGUGUUUUAAACCUAAACAGAAAAAGAAGGGUCGGCUUUUACUGAUGAUUUUAAUUGCUCUUCUCUGUUUCCUCAUCCUUGACUUUCCAUUAUGUGUCUUUGCAAUGAUUAUAGGGUUUUCAAGUACCAAUUUUGACAAUCAACCGGCAUACCGGUUGAUGUGUGUCAUGCUGUUUUCCUGCCUAAAUAGCAGCAUUAACCCAGUGAUCUAUUUUCUACUUGGGAGAAAGAAAGGAGCUCAGUCCAAGGAGAGCAUGAAGACCCUUUUGCAAAAGGUCUUCAAAGAAGGUGAAGUUGCUUGAGGGAAAUAGAAUAGCUCAAACCCACUUGCAAGACCUCUGUGUUUCUUUCGGAGUAGCAAUGAAUAACUUACACUUGAGGCUGUAAGCUUAGAGGUGGGACCAAAUCUCUUUCAACAUAUUGGCUCUUUCAUCUGAAUAGACUUACAGAGAAUUGUAAGAGAUGUCUACAUCAGUCAAUAACUAAUGCUGUGCAGGACAUGAACUGCACCACAUUUGUAAAAUACUCAGCUUAUUUUGCUUUCUAGAAAUAAGGUUUUUACAAAUACAGGGGAAGCACCAACCUUCCAGAUGUUACCCAAAGUCAGUUAAUUCGUGAGAUGAAGCAACAAUAAGGAAAAAUAAGAUACAACUGGUCACAAACCAGUUCAAAUUCAAUAUUGAAUGUUAAGACUUUAAACUGUUGCUAAAAAGGGGAAAGAACAAGGGAGUCCAUUUUCAGGCAUACUCCAGAAGAGAAAAAUAGACAACAGGCAAAAUCUGAAAUUCCCAGUCAGUAAGAAAGGAUGGAAAGAUGUUUAGUUAAGCAGGGAAGCAGCUACAGGUGGGUACAAAAAGCAAUUCUAGAAAUUUGCCAGGAAAGACUUCUCUUUUGUCCUCAGAGGUCUCUGAGCUUGAUUGCUGGCAGACAUUUAGUUACUUGACUAGGUAACAUCAUCAGUGCUAGAAGGG